AUGGCUCAAGAAGAGAUGGAAGUUGAUCUCCAACCAGUGGCCGGUUACUCUGUAGAGAACCUCAGGACGCUUCCCACAGAGCCCUCUGGUCAUGCAGCGCUGUUGUCCUCUGCUCGGGUGCUCGGGGAAGGAGGAGGCAGCAGUUCAGUUCUUCCUACUGAUGACGCUGUUGUCAUACCCAGUGCUGGUACAGCGAGAGAAGCAGCUGCUGAGCCUGACCUGCAGUUGGGUCCUGCUGCGGCUCUGAAUGCACUGCAAAGGCUACAGGGCACGUUCGAUCCGUAUAAAAAACCUCUGACACAGGUCACGCAGCGUCCGCAAGUGAGGAGAGCUCGCCGGCAACAGAGAAUGGGUGGUUCCCAGAGGGCAGUCAGUGCCAGGGCAGCAUUGGACAGUUACUUUCAACUCCGCAGGACCCAAGAGCCAGCUACAGGACCAGUUCCACAUCUGGAGCCCUCACAGAUUGUGAGGGACAACCAGGAACACAGCUCAGACAGAAUCAUAGAAGUGAGUGACUCUGACAGCAGCACUUCUGCUGAGGAGGAGGAAGCAGUGGAGGCUGCAGCGCCGCUGUUACAGUCAGCCCAGGAGACCCCUCCAGCAGCUAGCCCAGGAGUUUCCAGCCAGGUCCAAGCAGAGCCACCUCAAGCUUUAUCUCAAGCUUCUGCAGAACAUGGAAGUCAUGAAGAUGAAGAGGCUGAAGUCCAGCAAAAGCAAAGGACUCCACUAAAGAAACUGGAACCGUCAGUUCCUGUUGCGCCACUGGAUGAGGAGGAAGGGGACACCUGUGCCAUCUGCUUUGAGCAGUGGACCAAUGCUGGGGACCACCGGCUCUCAGCGUUGCGGUGUGGACACCUAUUUGGUUACACCUGCAUUGAAAGGUGGCUCAAGGGACAAGCAGGGAAGUGCCCCCAGUGCAACAAGAAAGCAAAACGUUCUGACAUUGUGAUCCUGUAUGCUCGCACUCUGAAAGCGUUGGAUACCAGUGAACAGGAACGCAUGAAAAGCUCUUUAGAAAAGGAGCAAAUGUUGCGGAGACAGGCAGAGCUGGAAUCUGCACAGAGCCGUCUGCAGUUGCAGGUUUUGACAGAUGAAUGCAGCAAACUCCGCAAGCAAGUUCAGGAGCUGAAGGCUCUGGUGGCCCAGCACAAUGUCAGUGCUUCUCAGCAACCUAGCAGCUCCCGCACCUGCCUCCCUGGCAGCCUCCCAUCCAGCCAAAGCCAGCGCAAGUACCACCUGGAAAAGGUUUUUGUGGUGUCUCAGACUGGGAACUGCAGAGUAAUGGCGUACUGCGACUCGAUGAGUUGUCUCGUGGUAUCACAGCCUUCUCCACAGUCUACUUUUAUUCCUGGUUGUGGUGUUAAGAUGAUGAGCGUGGCCAACCUGAAGAGCAGUCAGUACAUCCCCAUCCACAGUAAACAGAUUCGGGGACUGGCUUUUGGCAGUCGAGCAGACGGUUUGCUGCUCUCUGCCGCUCUGGACAACACUCUCAAACUUACCAGCUUGGCAACAAAUACUGUGGUGCAAACAUACAAUGCUGGCCGUCCUGUCUGGAGCUGCUGCUGGUGUCUUGAUGAUACAAACUACAUCUACGCUGGAUUAGUCAAUGGCUCUAUCAUGAUAUAUGACUUGAGAGACACAAACUCUCAUGUCCAGGAACUAGUCCCUCAGAAGUCCAGGUGCCCCAUGGUAUCGCUGUCCUACCUGCCCCGGAUGGCCUCUGCGUCACUGCCUUAUGGUGGAAUAUUGGCUGGGACCUUGGAAGGAGCAUGCUUUUGGGAACAGAAGGCUGGCAACUCCUACCGGCCUCAUCACCUGCCACUGGAACCCGGAGGAUGCAUCGAUAUUCAGGCAGAGAUCCGCACACGGCACUGCCUCGCAACAUACAGGCCUAGUAAAAAUAACCCAUGUGUGCGUUGUGUGAUGAUGGAACUGACUUGCAGCCCACUGACAGAGGCCUCUGAAGAUGUGGUGUGUUCUUCUAACGCAGUUCAGACUUUCAGUGCUGGGCCCACCUGCAAGUUGCUGACCAAGAAUGCCAUUUUUCAGAGCCCGGAGGAGGACGGCAGCGUCUUUGUGUGUGCUGGGGAUGAAGCAUCUAAUUCUGCCCUGCUCUGGGAUGCUGGCAGUGGCUCCUUGCUGCAGAAGCUGCAGGCUGACCUGCCUGUGCUGGAUAUCUGCCCCUUGGAAGUGAACCAAACCCACCUCCUGGCCACUCUGACUGAGAAGAUGGUGAAGAUCUACAAGUGGCAGUGAGAGUGGUCCCCACACCUGCCACAGAGAGGCUUUCCAAAUAUGCUGCUGAUCACCCCUUCACAA